GUAACAGUUACGCGCCACCUCCUUACUUUAAACCGUUAAAAUCUAAAUUUUAGACGCAGCCAUAGGUCUACGAUGACGUCUAUCUUACGGCAUCUUUCGUCUGCGACUUCAUCUAGACGAGUGAUCAACAAAUUUGAUUCCUUUCUUCUACUUCAUUACCAUACGAACUCGCUUAAGUCCAAUCACACCUUGAAGCAUUAUCUUGAAUCAGGAGAGCCAAUCAAAGCUCUCUUAAACUUCAAACAACGAUACAGAGAAAGCCCUCGUUUCAUAGACAGUUUCUCUGUCUUGUUCGCCAUUAAAGCUUCAUCGUCAGCUCAUAAAGGUCACUCCUUUAUGGGCCAACAGAUCCACGCUCUUGUAAGGAAACUUGGGUUUCAUAGCAUAAUCCAAAUUCAGACAUCCCUUGUCGGGUUUUACUCAACCGCAGGUGAUAUCUCUAGUGCACGCCAGGUGUUCGACGAAACGCCUGAGAAACAAAACGUAGUCUUGUGGACGGCUAUGAUUACAGCUUACGCUGAGAAUGACAAAAGUGUGCAAGCUCUUGAGAUGUUUCGACAAAUGGAAGCGGAAAGAAUUGAGCUUGAUGAGGUGAUUGUGACGGUGGCUUUAUCGGCUUGUGCUGAUCUUGGUGCGGUGCAGAUGGGAGAACGGAUUUAUUCGCAGAGCAUCAAGAGGAAACGAAGAUUGGGUAUGGAUUUAACUCUGAGAAACUCACUUCUCAACAUGUAUGUAAAAGCUGGGGAUGUUGAGAAAGCGAGGAGAGUCUUUGAUGAAACAGUGAGAAAAGAUGUGACUACUUACACGUCUAUGAUCGUGGGGUAUGCUUUAAACGGUCAAGCUCAAGAAUCAUUGGAACUCUUCAAGAAAAUGAAGAGACAAGAUUCAUCUGUGUCUCCGAACGAUGUGACUUUCAUUGGCGUCUUGAUGGCUUGUAGUCACGGUGGUUUAGUGGAAGAAGGGAAACGACAUUUCAGGAGCAUGGUUGAGGAUUACAAUCUGAAACCUAGAGAAGCUCACUUCGGAUGUAUGGUGGAUUUGCUUUGUCGUUCAGGGCGUUUAAAGGAUGCUCACGAGUUCAUAAAUCAGAUGCCUGUAAAGCCAAACGCGGUGAUUUGGAGAACACUGCUUAGUGCUUGUAGUCUUCAGGGGAAUGUUGAGCUCGGGGAAGAAGCUCAGAGACGGAUCUUUGAGUUGGAUAGUGAUCAUGUCGGAGAUUAUGUUGCGUUGUCGAAUAUCUACGCGGCGAAAGGAAUGUGGGAUGAGAAAGUGAAGAUGAGGGAUCGUGUGAGGAAGAGAAGGGAGCCUGGGAAAAGCUGGAUUGAGAUGGGAAACAAUAUAGCUGAGUUUGUUUCAGGGGGUGGUGAUGAUGAUGGGAAGCUAAUGGUGGGAGAGAUUAGUGAGGUUUUGAGGAGUUUAGUUACUUGUAUGAAAAAUUAUGAUUAUGCGGUGGAGAAUUUUAACUCAAGUUGUUAAGGUAUAAGAUGAGGGAUUCUUUGUAUAUUAAAUCUUUACUAGAGGAAAUUUACUCUUUGUGAGAACUGUUCCAAUUUUUGUGAAAGGUUACAAUUUUUCAUUCUAUGAACAGAGCACCGAACAAAUCAUGUGAAACAGGAAAAGAUGUUUCAAUCGAAGAUCAAAAUGUUUUUUGUACAAUAAAAUAGUUCUGAACACUACGUGUUGUGUUCUUUUUUUUUUUUUAUGGUUAGUAAUUUAUUCUUGUUCUUUGAUAAUCUCUUGUAGCUGGAGCUUUCACAGUAGCAGUAACUGGUGUUGUGGCAAGCAGAGCUGCCUAGCGUGGAGUCCUAUGUGGGACUGCACUUGUUACUCUCGCUGGAGCUAUUCUCUCUGUUGAAGUGUUGUAAGCUUCUCGUGCCUACUGGUAUUUAUAGCUAUCAGGAUCAAAGGGUCCAUCAUUUAUGGUUAGUCAGACUAACUUAGUCUUAAUAUUCUUCUGAACAAUCUUUCACGUUUUUCAAGUAUAGUAGAUGGGUUUUGAAGUUUUUCUAACUGACUUUAUGGUCGAGAUGGACACAGAUUUUGAGAGAAAAAAUGUUUGGUGGAAGAUAUAAUGACAUAGCUUUGACAUGUUACUGGGGGACCAUCACAGUUAUGGAGUGACAUAAUGGCUUAGUCGUUUGUUUGGUAUUUGUUUUUGUUUUGGAUUCAGGCAGAUUUUGUAGAGCAACUGUUUCGUGGGAGACUAGCAGAUGAACAACUUAUGCCAACAAUGUUGAAUUCACACCACUGGCAGAUGUAAGCAGAGUCUUAUCAGGUGACUCGUUAAGGAACCUACCAUGCUAUUUCAUGUCAAGUGAGAUGACCAAGAGGCAUAUCAUUCACUGCACAAUCUGUCUGCAGUACUUGAAGGCAGGUGAAAUCAUACAAGCUAACCGAGAUGUGAUCACACCUUUCACCUGUUGUGUAAUGGUUCAGCAGACAGGCCGUUAGAGAUUGAAACACCAUUGUUGCCGACCAGUGUACAUGGCUAAAACUCAAUGUCCUUAUGUGUUGUUGCAAGUCUCUUGAACCAUUAUUUCAAUCUCUGUUUAUUAAUAUAGCAACUUUAGCAUCUCCAUAAGGUUUCUACUUUUGAAUGUAUACUAUUUAUUUGGGUGAAUAAUAACACCUACAGAUAUGUUGGGAAAAAUAUAGAACUUGAUCAAGUUAUGCAUUCAUACAUUUAGUU